CGAGGCGCACUGACCACACUUUGGAAAAUGAACUGCUGCAAAUGUCUAAACUACACAAGUUUACCAAGUUGUAGCGACAGCACAGUGAGUCAUUCACUGGAAUAAGCAUACAGAUUGAUUUAGCACUUAUAGACAAAUACGAUGGAUACCACUUUGGACCCCCUUUCGACAUCUCUUUUCUACGACGAGGAAGAUGGAAACGAAACCUCCACCAAUCUAUUCGAGCAGCCGGACUGGCAGGUGGCACUAUGGGCGAUUGCAUACUCUUUAAUCGUAAUUGUGUCCAUCAUUGGCAAUGUCACAGUUAUUUGGAUCAUUCUGGCACAUAAACGCAUGAGGACAGUGACCAACUACUUCAUUGUAAACCUCGCCUUUUCAGAUGCAUCUAUGGCAACUUUUAACACCGUCUUUAAUUUCGUGUAUGCUUUGCACAAUGACUGGUAUUUUGGUUUGGGAUACUGUAAAUUUCAAAACUUCUUCCCAAUAACAGCAAUGUUCUCAAGCAUUUAUUCAAUGGCGGCUAUUGCUGUUGACAGAUACAUGGCUAUAAUCCACCCUCUGAAGCCCAGGCUCGCCUCCACUACUACUACAGUUCUGAUCGGGGUCAUCUGGACCGUGGCUUUUUCACUAGCCUUUCCUCAGUGUUAUUACGCCAGCACCAAGUCCUACUUCCCUCGGACUGUUUGUAUGGUGGAAUGGCCUGACGAUUAUGGAGGGAAACAUCAGCUCUCGUAUCAGAUUGCUGUGAUUAUCCUGAUCUACUUGCUCCCUCUGCUGGUGAUGUUGGUGACCUACAGCCUGGUGGGACGGAGGCUGUGGGGCAGCGAGAUCCCUGGAGAAGCUUUAGACCACUAUCAGAACCAGAUGCAGGCGAAACGCAAGGUUGUGAAGAUGAUGAUAGUGGUGGUGACGACCUUUGCAAUAUGUUGGCUUCCCUACCACAUCUACUUCAUCCUGGGGAGCUUCAGCAGGGACAUAUACAAGCAGCACUACAUCCAGCAGGUCUAUUUGUCCAUCUUCUGGCUAGCCAUGAGUUCCACUAUGUACAACCCCAUCAUUUACUGCUGUCUAAACCAAAGAUUCCGCUCAGGUUUUCGCAAAGCGUUCCAGUGGUGCCCCCUCGUCAAGAUUUCUGAGGAGGACAACAUGGAGCUGCAGCACAUGAGAACCUUCCACAUGAGACGCAGUUAUCGCACUGAGACCACCAGCGUGGUGGUCCGUAAUCAUAUUAGUGAACCAGAAGACACCACAUCCAAACUAAUCAAAGUCUGAAUUCUACAGCAUUUCAGUGAUGAGGGUGAAAAACAUCCCUGUUGGCGAAUAUUAAAAUCGAGCAUGACCAUACUUGCACUUAUUACCGCACAACAGAAUUACAUUUUCCCUCUUAUUGUACUCUAUUGUGGAUUCAGUGGGCUUUACAGGUGGAGUAUUCAUCUACUCCUAUGGCAUAAGCACCAAGCCUUAUUUGUUUCUGUGUUGCUGCUUGAAGUACAGUACUAGUCCUAGUAUGUGUAUAGAUCAGUUGAUUUUGUAUAUACUGUAUACACUACUGUUCAAAGGUUUGGGGUCAGAAAGUUUUUUUAAUUUUUUUAACGAAAUUAAUACAUAUAUUCAGAAGCAAUGCAUUCAUUUGAUCAAAAAUAACAAUAAAGGCAUUUAUAAUUAUAUUUCAAAUAAUUACUAAACUUUUGAACUUUCUAUUCAUCAAAUAGUCCUGAAAAAUGUAUCACGAAAAAUAUUCAGCAGCACAAUUGUUUUUAACAUUGAUAAUAAUAAGAAGUGUUUCCCUUAGCACCAAAUCCGUGCAUAUUAGAAAGAUUUCUGAAGGAUCAUGUGACUCUAGAUCAUGUGACUCUAGACUGGGGUUAUGGAUGCUAAAAUUAAUAUACUUUUUUUUUUUUUGUAUUUUUGAUCAUAUAAAUGCAGCCUGGCUGAGCAUAGGAGACUUUCAAGAACAUAAAUAAACAAAUUACUGAGCCUAAACCUGAAUGAAUAUUAACCAUGUUAAUUCAUGCACCACUAUUGAGCAAUUAAUGUUUUAAGCUGUAAAUAUUGGUUAAAUGUCAAGUGGCAUCUCCAAAUGUAAAAACAGAACCGCAAAAUUAACAUUAAAUUGAUCAGAGCAUGUGUACCGAAAGAGUAUGGAUUGCUUGAGACAUGGAGGUGUGAGAAGUAUGAUGACUGUUGGGUUGAUUUGACAGCGUUCGAAAAAGAGAGACAAAAUUAGGUGGGAAAAACAUUUUGCUUAAUUACUAUAUCUAUAGUGGUAGAAGAUAUCAUGUGUAUAAGCUAAAAUGUAAACAAAACCAAAUAGUUGUAAUUGUACUGUAAAUAGCCAAGCAAGCUUACAUAUCAGUGGUACUCAGUGUUUACAGCAUGUAUUCUAUUUAAUACACAUCUGCAUGUACUUCCAUACGCUUGACUAAUUAAAGAGAAUAUAGUAUGUUUGCCUCAGUUUUACCCCUGAAAUAUUUCAUUUAAAGUUAAUAUGUAUUUUUUUUUCUUUCAAACAUCCGAGAAAUUUUAAAACAUAGCUGAGUAAUAAUUAAGCUGUACGUUUUCUAUAUACAACUAUUUUGUUUGUUAUGC